CCCAGAGCUCUUCCAGUCCUGGUCCCUUUCAGGGAUGGGGCAGGCAGCUGCUGGGAGCAGCUGGUUUUGGGGUGCCUAAAGCAGCCAGUUUUGGGGAGUCUGAGCCAGUGCUGCUCCUCCCAGCAAGCUGCUAGCCGGGGCCGUCCUCCUCUGUAAACUCUCUGACCCUCCCCAUUGAGCCCCCACCCACCACAAGGGCUUGGGGACCUUGGUGGCCCCAGUGCCACACGCACCCUGAGGGGGACCCCCUGGCUGUGUCCCAAACCUGCCUGAUCCCCCUCCUGGGAUUUAAUCUUACCCCAGAAAACACCCAGGGGCAGCUGGCAGUGAAUGGAGCCAGGGGUGGCAGUGCCCGGGGCGGGGGUGCUGCUGCGGUUUGGGGUCAGGAUGCCAGUACCAGGGUGGGUGAUGCUCCCAGGCGGGCGGUGGGGAGCAAUGGUGCCUGCACCACCGCCCAGCGUGAGUCAGCCGGGGGCUCUGACGCAGUCCCACCGCCGCCGUCACCAUGGAGGCCUCCCGUGCUCCGGCUACUGCCGGCCCAGCUGCUCCGGUGGGGAUUAACGGCUGCCGGUUCCCGGCAGGCACCGCUGCGCCAGGCAGCAUCCCUGGGUGUGCCCCCCUGCACACACACCCAGAUACCCCUGCACCCCCAGACAGCCCCGCAACCCCGGACCCCCGCACCCAGGCGGCCGUGACGCGGCGGCGGCCCCGCGGGGAGGAGCCUCUCUCCCUCCACUCCCCGCCAUCACCAAACUUUCCGCUUGCUCCCGGCCGCCGGCACUGCCUCCCUCACACAUGGCACCGGUGCCCAGGGGUUGAGCCCUGCCACCAUCCCUCCAAGAGCGGGUGACGCCACAACCACCGCCAGCAGGAGCCAGGGACCUGCUACCACCACCACCGCCACCGCCGUCACCGCCACCGACUGCCGGGGCUGGUGGCUUUCGGUACGGCGCGGGAGGACGGGGCAGAGCGGAGAGUGGCAGCGGGGGGGACCAGAGCCGGUGCCCAUGUGCCUGCGGUCCCGGCGGGGCGAUGAAGCAGUGAUGACAGCUGGUGAGGGGACCCUCCGGCCCUGGAAACCUGACCCGGGGCAGGCAGAGGGGGGUCAGCCGCCGCCGGGGCUGUCGCUGCCCCUGACCCUCACCGUCCUGGCCUGGCUGGGCACCGGCACCACCAUGGCCGGCCUCAACAAAUGGAUCUUUGCCACCCAUGGCUUCCGCUACCCGCUGCUGCUCUCGUCCCUGCACAUGCUGUCAGGGGUGGCCGUGGGGUACCUGCUGGGCUGGGCGCGGGGACCGUCACCUCCAGCCCCCCGGCCCCGUGUCAGGAUCUACCUGCUCAGCCUCACCUUCUGCACCAGCGUGGCAUUGGGCAACCUGGGCUUGAGCUAUGUGCAGCUGGACGUGGCGCAGGCGGUGGCCACCACCACCCCCCUGGUCACCCUGCUGCUGUCGGGGCUGCUGGGGGGCCGGCGGCACCACCCGCUGCAGUACGCCGCCAUGGGGCCCGUCUGUGCUGGGGCCGCCUGCAGCGUCGCCGGCGGGCUCCGCUUCCACCAGCCCGGCUGUGGCUUCCUUCUGGCCGCCACCAUCCUCCGCGCCCUCAAGUCCAUACAGCAGAGUCUGCUGCUGCAGGAGGACCGGCUGGACGCCCUCUCCCUGCUCUGCCUGACCUCCCUGCCCAGUUUCUGCCUGCUCUUUGGGGCGGCUGUGGCGCUGGAGGUGGGUCCCUCCUGGGAGGGUGUCCUGCGCUAUGAUGGCACCCUCUGGGCCUGCGUCCUACUCAGCUGCCUGGGCUCCGUCCUCUACAACCUGGCCACCUUCUGCGUCCUCUCCCUUACCUCCGCCCUCACCGUCCACGUCCUGGGCAAUGUCACUGUGGUGGGCAACCUGCUGUUCUCCCGCCUCCUCUUCGGCAGCCACCUGAGCGGGCUCAGCUACCUGGGCAUCGGGCUGAUGCUGGCCGGGAUGUUCAUGUACCACCAGCCGGACCUCAUUGCGGCAUGCUGGGCGGCACGGCCGCGGUGGGGCCUCCCCAAGCGGGAGUAGGGUCCCAGCGCGGGAUGGGGGUGGAUGGGAAGCCAGGGGCGAGAGCACAGCUCUGCAGGUGCAUGGUAGGGCUGGCGUGCAUGGUACUGCACACACGGGUGUGCUGGUGCACACAAAUCUGUGUGUACGUGUGCAGGUUUGGACAGCUGCGCUGAGGCACACGGCGCUGUGCACAUGGAUGUUCUAGUGUGCACAAGCUCUUGGUGCACACGUGUUCUGCGUGCACAGCUCUGCGCACGUGUGUGCUGCUGUGCAUGGCACUGUGUGCACGCGUGUCGGCACGCACAGCUCUGAGUGCACGUGUCUACUGAUGUGCGUGGCGCUGCUCAUAUGUGUGUGCUGGUGUGCACAGCUCUGCGUGCACGUUUGCGUUGAUGUGCACAGGCUGCGGUGUGCAAGUGGGUCUGUGUGCACAGCUCUGCAUGCGGGGACAUCUAGGUGUGCACGGGCUCUGCAAGCAUGGGUGGGUCUCUGCGUGUGGCUAUACGUGCGUGGGGGUGCACGUGUGUUGGUGUGUGAAGGCUCUGCGCUUGCAAGCAGGUCUCAUGCAUGUGGGCACAUGAGCCUUGGUGUAGACUUCGUACGUAUGAGCACGUCUGUGUGCACGGCACUACGUGCAUGCGGGCAUGCACGUACUGGUGUGCACAGGGUCUGCGUGUGCACAUGCGUUGCUGUUUGUGCAGAGCCUUGUGUGCAGGUGUGCACACAGCUAUGCGUGUGCGCAGGCGCUGUGCAUGUGAGUGGGCCCCUGCACGCAGCCCUGUGCACAGGAGCAUGUGUGGGUUGGUGUGCACAGGCUCUGGGUGUGCAAGCAGAUCUCAUGCAUGUGGGCACGGUGUGCUGCUGUGCACAGGGACUGUGUGCACAAGUAUGUCAUGUGCAGGUGUGCGCAUGUGUGGUCAUGUGCCCAGCCCCUGCAUGCACAUGUGUGCUCAUGUGCACGGAUUCAGUGGAUGCAAAUGCACCUCUGCAUGUGCACAGCUCUGUAUGCACUGUGCGUGUGUGUGCAGGCUGACAUGUACCGGUGUGCACACAGGCCCUGUGUGGGUAAGCAGGUACCUGUGUGCACUUGCAGCUGCGUGCACUGGCUCUGCACGCAUGUCCCUGUGUGCAGACGCAGGCUGGGCACGCUCAGGGAUGUGGCUGCAGAUACACAACUCUACGCAUCUGAUUGCUGUUCCACCUUGGGAAACACAGAGCAGUGUGUGUGUGCGUGUGUGCGCACAUGUGUGUGCGUGCGUGUGUGUGUGUGUGUCACUACUGAGCUCUGCUGGCUGGAGUAAACCAGGGCUGUGUGCAUGCACGGUUCUCAUGGCCAAACAAGAUGCCCGGGGAUGGGGCAGGUCAGCAUCCCCUCUGCUGUCCCCAGCCCCACCAUGUCGUGCUGAUCCCACGGUGCUGCCAGUGUGCUGCCAUCAUCAUCAUCAUCCCCAGCGUGCUCUCCUGGCCACCUCGGCGUGCCGUGGCCGGAGCAGGCAAGCGCAGGCCGUCCCCAGGGCUCCCUUGCAGAGAUGGUAAGAGCCCAGCAAAGGGGAUGGGGAUGGCUCAGACCCACUGCCAUCGCCCCAGGACAGUGCCAGGCUGUGGCACGGCACACGCUCACCUUGGCAAAGGGAUGUCCCAGCAGUUGUGCGUCCUGGCACUGACGCCGGCACACAUGUGCAGGCAAGACCCAACAGGCACACCGACACCGCUGAACGUGGAGGCUGCUGCCACGCUCACCGUCUCCACACCAGGGCUGAAGGACCCAGAUCUGAUUGCACUUGUCCCGAAAUAAACUUCUAUUUUUGUCAUACUCUG